AUGCCAUCUGUAGCUAGAAAUUCGCAGAAAUCCAGUUUGAAAAGCGUUGACAUUAGUUCGCUGGAAGCCACGAAUGCUUACGUUUCGUUGGUGAAGGAUCAAGAGAUUGUGGAAGUUCCAGAAUUGGAGCUUGAGUCCGGUGCUGUGAUCCAAAACUUUCCGAUUGCAUACAAGACAUGGGGUCGUCUCAACGAACGUGGUGAUAACGUUUUGGUGGUGUGUCAUGCUCUAACUGGCUCAGCAGACGUAGCAGACUGGUGGGGCCCUCUGUUGGGCCCAGAUCUUGCGUUCGACACUUCACGGUUUUUGGUAAUAUGCCUGAAUUCGAUGGGUUCUCCUUACGGGUCAUUCUCCCCGCUAAAUGUAGACCCAGAUUGUGGUCAAGUGUACGGACCAGAGUUUCCACUGUGCACGGUACGUGAUGACGUAAGAGCCCAUAAAAUUGUAUUAGAUUCUUUGGGAGUUACUUCUGUUGCAUGUGUCGUUGGAGGUUCCAUGGGUGGGAUGGUCGCCCUGGAGUGGUCUGUAACUUUUGGUCGUGAUUACGUGAGAAAUAUGGUUGCCUUGGCCACCAGCGCAAGACAUUCAGCAUGGUGUAUUUCAUGGUCUGAAGCUCAGAGACAGUCCAUAUAUUCUGAUCCCAAUUAUUUAGACGGAUACUACCCUAAGGGCAAGCAACCUGUGGUGGGACUUUCUGCUGCUCGGAUGUCUGCGCUCCUGACGUACCGCUCCAGGAAUAGUUUUGAGACCAAAUUUGCAAGACGAUCUCCCUCUUUAUUGCAUCAGCAAAAAUCCCACAAGAGCCUAGACAGUAAUAAACCUGCGAAAUUGCAUGAGCACAGUCUGGCUAUUCACAAUGAUGGACAUUCACAUUCCAAAAAACACGACCGUAGGAACAGUGAAUCUAGUGAUUCUUCGUCUGGAUCUGUGAAAUCUAUGUCUUCUGCCACUUCUUCGUUGUCGAUAACCUCUAAGCAAGGAAAGGCCAUUAAGCCUGCACAAACAUACUUUUCUGCUCAAAGUUAUCUCAGAUACCAGGGUAAGAAAUUCAUCGAUAGAUUCGAUGCCAAUUGUUAUAUUUCCAUCACGAGAAAGCUGGAUACGCAUGAUUUGUCUCGCGAUCGCGACGAAUAUAAUGAAGAUUUAGAUGAAACACUCGAAUCCAUUCAACAGCCUUCUUUGAUCAUCGGUAUCAAGUCUGAUGGACUAUUCACUUACUCUGAACAAGAAUACCUUGCAGCACAUAUACCAAAUGCGGAGUUAAAGAAGAUAGACUCUCCGGAAGGUCACGACGCUUUCCUACUCGAGUUCAAGCUUAUAAACGAGUAUAUUAUCGACUUUUUGAAGAAAAAUGCUAAGGAGAUUACACAAUCUCCUCCACGUCUUUGGCAGGACAAUACGAACCGCGAGAUUAUGAAAAACUCACUAUUUGGUGAAGCCGAAGAGGUUACCAAUUGGUAA